AUGGAAACUUCAGAAUGGAUAGUAAUAAUUGUCAGCUUAAUACAUGUUUUAUGUGCACCUGGUACAAAAGUCGAGGAAUCUUUUAACACACAAGCGACACACGAUUUACUGUUUCAUAUGCCAACCAACUUGAGCAAUGAACAGUUUCAAGCGAUCAUCAUGAAGACAUUCAGUGCCAUCGAAACAGUCAGAUGCUUCCUUGCAAGCAGCUGUGAACUUUUCCCGAUCUUCUCCCACUGUCAAAUUGUAUUUGUCAACGCUAGUGACGAAUUCCGAGAGACCCUGAAAUCGGACCUUCGAGUAGUUGAAUCGGUACUUAUAUACGAGCUCAACCUUGACAGUGUGGGGGCCCGUUUCUUCAAAAACUCGUCAGAUGAGCAAGGCGGGCCUUCUACUGCAGAAGAAAUGGAGAUUAGAGAGAAUAUCAGAAGAGUUGGAAGCAUUUUUUCUGUGUUGAACCGAAUUUUACUUUUAUAUCGUAGACACACAGAGUUUAGCGAAGUCUCGUUUCAAUUUCAAGGUUAUCGAGACCGGAUGUGCGAAUUUGUGAUAGCUUUGAUCAUUUGGGUACUCAUGUGUUGGAAUUUAGAUUAUGACCACACUCAGUUCCCCGGAGUCGUGCCGCGCACAUUCAUCGGUCCCAUCGUCCUCGCGAUUUUCUCGUCUCCAAUGUCAAUAAUGUUCAGAUUCUGGGCGAUUCCUAAACCCUUCCAACUUAUGCUCAUCCGAACUACUCUUGGAUUGAUCAACACCGUUUCCGUUCUCUACUUUGCUCGAUCCGUUCAAUGGGGCUUCGGAAGAGAAACAGCAAUGUUCCUCCGAUACAUCCUCUGCUCCCAGUUCCAUUUCUUCUUUUACCUCUCCCGACCACUUCCCAAUUCCUUUGCUCUAUGCCUCGUAAUGAUUGUAUUCCAACGGAUAUUCGAGGAACGGUACAGAAGUGCUGUUCGCUACGCGACCGCCUGUGUGAUUCUCUUCCGAUGUGAGCUUGUUCUCCUCUUUGGGCCUUUGUUCCUAGGAUACUUGGUUCUGGGAAAGUUGAAAACAUUUGGGUUCGAUGGAGCAAUUGCGAUAGGUGUCAGGAUAGCAGCGGCAUGUUUAGCAUUCUCCAUCCCAAUCGAUUCAUACUUCUGGGGACGACCGGUGUGGCCGGAAGGAGAAGUCAUGUUCUUCAACGUCAUCGAAAAUCGAAGUCACGAGUAUGGAACCCAUCCCUACUUCUGGUACUUCUACUCAGCUCUCCCUCGAUGCCUGCUCACUUCUGUCUUCCUGGUGCCGCUGGGAUGUCUCUCCGAUUAUCGUGUUCCCAAAAUUCUCGUCCCAAGCGCUUGCUUCAUCUUCCUCUACAGCUUCUUACCACAUAAAGAACUCCGUUUCAUCAUCUACACAAUUCCGAUCUUCUCCCUAGCCGCUGCCGUUUUCUGUGCCAGAAUCUACGUGAACAGAAGAAAGUCAUUCGUUCGGAAGCUUCUCAACUACGGAAUCAUCCUUCAUCUCAUCGUCAACGUCGCCUGUACCUCUCUGUUUCUUCUGAUCGCAUCCAAGAACUAUCCAGGAUACGAUGCAUUCAACAAGACGGAGAAUUUGAAACCCGAAGAUCUUCAACACUUUGACUUCCUCACACUCGGCACCUAUGGAUCGAAUCUAAGAGAGGAAGUGGAGACGAAGUUUAUGAAAUACCAUCGUCCGCUGUUCUUUGUCAACGCGUUCCACGAGUACAAGAUCAAGACUUCGAAGAGCUUCCCAUGGGUGUAUCCGACGAUAGUUUAUAAGGAGAAGGCGGCGAUUUUGAAGAAUAAGAACUAUCGAUUCUGA